UUCUGAAUAGCACUAUGCACCGAUAUCGGAGCAAUACACUGCCGUAGCUAACUGAUUAGGAUAGUGGGGGAUACUUAUACCCUGUCACACUUCUUCCACCACUAACAAUCUCGUCUAACUGCAAGCACACUGCGUCCGUUUCCCGGCCAAACCUCAGCACAAGAACCUUGUCCACGGUGGAUUUGAUGGCCGAAUCCACGUCUUUCUUCGUUAAGAGCCGUGGGAGAACGUAGGCCAUGUUUCGUGUAUGUCUCUAGAGCAAGGAUGCUGAAUCAGCACAAAUAGGCUACCGUUGACCUUUGACCCAGUGUUUUCAAAUUUUGCCGCGAGCUUUUCUGCUGCUCGCUGCAAUGGCUGUUCCCGGCGCUUCUCGCAGCAAACAGACUUGGAAAAAUAACCGAAAGAGGAGCCUCUACGUGGAACAAGGGUUUGCUGGGUUUAUUUUCUACCGGAAGAGUAAGAACAUCUGCGAGAGAAAAGAGGAGCCCUCGCCUGAAAAUGAGGAUGGGAAACUGACAGACACCGAGAAAACUGAGUCUGUUGCACCUGUAGUGGAUGAGGAAGUGGCAGAGAGUGAAAUGAGUCCUCUCACUGACGAACAACUGGAGGGGCUGGUGGAGGUCAAGCGUUUUGUUGAUCAGCUCAAGAAAGAGAUUCGAGCCAAAGGACUUUGCACUCCAGACGAAAAACUGGAGGAGACGUGUGCCACCUUACACGAAGAGCUGAGACGAGAGGUAAUCACGGGGUCAGGAGCCUACAUUGGGUUAUUAGAGGCAGACGAGGAAAUCGACAACCUGCCACCUCACCCCAUGGAUACCCAGCUUGUCGAGUCCAUCAGACGACUACAGCAGAAGAUUGAUAUGUGUGAGAGAGAGACUCAGGAGUGGGAGGAACUGAUGGAGACUAAGAGAACUGAAGCACAAGCGACAACUCUGGAUCUUGAGAACGAUCUUGGUUUGGAUCUGAGUCGACUGUGUCAAGAGGACGAGGUCAAACUAGCGACUCACCUCUCCCCGGAGCCCCGGAGGUUGCUGGAGGGUGCCACCAGGGAGAGGGGCGACCGAGACUGGGAGAGAGUCAUGGAACAGGACAUCAGGAUCGUGAGCUCUCACAUUGAUGGGGAGCUGGAGAGGAUCCACACAUACUGCGACAGUGUUCUUCAGAGGUGUUCAGAGGAAACUCAUCAACUUGGGUUGGUGACAGAUCUACCAACGCAGACACCGAGAACUCUAUUCAGAGCUCUCAAAGAGACAACACACUAGGUCCACCUUCUCUCUCCCCCACUCAACUCCCUCCCCUAUUCUCCCUGUAUUUUCGUAUAUGUCUCUCUUGUGAGAAUGCGAUGCACCACUACAACCCUCCACCCCUAUAGUUGCCUAGUUCAAUUGUUUCUGUUCUGUUCUCGUGCAGCUGUGUUUUGCCAGCACCACACUGACACACAGCUUACGCUCACUCUCUUCAACAAAGUGUUCUACAUAAGUGGUCCAUUGUGAAGCGAGGGUCACAUGGUGUAUGUACAACACAACCCUUAUAGAUGGUGUGGUCAUG